AUGAAUGGAUCCUUGAAUGAAGUCGACCCCUCCAUACCAGAAAAUCACUCAUCCCGUUGUCGCGUUUUCUCAACAAACGAUGAGCUCUAUUCCCUUGAGAAAUACCCGACGCAGUCAGGCCAUGAACUCCGAAGCUAUGACCUGUUGCUCGAGGACAGCUUUUUUGGUUCCGAAGUGUUCGAGAAAGUACCCACCGCACGCAACAAUACAUCAUAUGUCAUCGAAUUUGAGGAACUAUCGACUCGAAAUUCCCCUCCAGUCUGUGAUUGUGCGGAAGAACCGUUAUUGUGCGAGGACUGCUUGUUCAAAAUCUACUUGGACGAUUACAACCUCAACCAUGCCGACCUCCACGACGAAGCUACCAAGGACAAAUCUUGCAUUACGACGGCGAAAAAAGAAUUCCACCUAUUUCCAGACUUACCAUACGAAUUAAAAUUGGACAUCUUGGAAAGGGCCUGGCCCACGCGCCUGGUGAGGUCAUGCACGGUGGAUCCAGGAAUAUUCUCAUGCCUCGGGUGCAUACCGAUGUUGAACGUCCCGACAAGCCGUCCCGCGUCGCUGUCUCUGGUGAGCCACCUGAUCCAGAGCUGCAUCCAGAGAUCGACGGCGAAGACGGUGACGGUCUGGACCAGGAUGCCGGCCAACGGGCAGCUGUUGCGGCUCUUGCGCCACCGGCGCGCUUUCUGGUACAACCGCGAGACCGACUUGUUCUGGCUGCACCAUCGCAGCCUCAAGCGCGUGAUAUCGCUCGCUGGCCCGUUCAGGGGUGACGAUCCCUUGACCGCCGCCCUUGACCCACGGAAGGCGAUCAUGGUCGAUGCAAACAUGCUGGACUGUUACCUAGACCCCAGGGAAGGGGCAGCGAUGCUCAACUUGGUGUAUUGGAAUUAUCUCAGGCCAAGGAUGCAUGUGUACAUCCGCGUGUGGUACAUGUUUCUUACUUUGACGGCUCAAGGGCGGAAGAUAGCUUACGAACGGAAAUUAUUUGCUGGCUACGAGGCGGAGAGCCGACUCGUCGAUGUGAAUGACAAAAAGAAACUGGUGAGGUACCUUGAGCUGCUGGAGUAUAGCAGCCACCGCCGCCGGCAUGAAAGGACAGAAUCGGUCAUCGUCAUCAUCAUCAUCUUCAUGGUUGCUGUGAUGAACAAUGUGUGGCGGUUCAGGCGUGCUCAAAACACACUCGCGUGGUCUGUCGCCACGCGGUUGCCCAACUUCAGGGUAGAGCUGACCGAUGCGCAACUGUUUCAGGUGCAUAUCGCGGACUUUGCACUGGAGUGUCAUGGGGCGGGUCCUCGUCAAGGAGGAAGAAUCCUCCGGCGUGACGGGAGCCUCAAGCAUGGACAUCCGUUUGUGAAGGAGUUCCAAAUCAGGCUGCCUUUGUACACGCCCGUGUGCGUAUUUGAAGUCGGAGAUGUCUUAAUUGAGCGAUUCCGUAGUCUCAGAAUUUCUAAUGCAAGAAUCUUGGAAGGAGAUGAUGUGAGAGAAAUUCAAGAGCAGGAAUAA